UUGGGCGUGUUUGAAUGCAACAUGGCGGCCACAGGACCCGGAUGUCAGCACUACGACCGCAAAUGUUUAUUAAAAGCUCCCUGCUGUGAGAAGUUUUAUGUGUGUCGUCUCUGCCAUGAUGAUGAGGAAGAUCACAGAAUGGACCGGUUUCAGGUUAAAGAGGUGAAAUGUGCCGUGUGUGACUCUGUCCAAGAGGUUCAGCAGGUGUGUCUGGGGUGUGGCGUGACCUUCAGUGAGUAUUACUGCGCUGUCUGUCACCUCUACGAUAAAAACAAGAAGCAGUUCCACUGUGAGUCAUGUGGCAUCUGCAGGAUCGGCCCGAGGGAGAAUUUCUUCCACUGUGAGAAGUGUAAUUUGUGUUUAGCCAACGAUCUUCAAGGCAAACACAAGUGUGUGGAGAACGUGUCGAGGCAGGACUGCGCUGUGUGUAUGGAGGAUAUUCACACGUCCAGGAUCGGCGCUCACGUCAUGCCCUGCGGUCACCUGCUGCACAAGACAUGCUUCGAGCUAAUGUGGAGAAAUGGGGCGUAUCGGUGUCCCCUUUGCAUGCACUCUGCGUUAAAUAUGAAGGAGUACUGGGAGGAGAGAGAUGUAGAGAUUGCUCAGUCACCCAUGCCAUCAGCGUUCAAGAACUGGAAAGUAAAGAUCCUGUGUAAUGACUGUCAGAACCACUGUACUGUAGAUUUCCACGUGUUGGGGAUGAAGUGCAGCGCCUGUGGCUCCUAUAACACUGUGCAGGAUUGAUUCAACUUCUGAUCAACAACGAACCGAGUCUGAGAUACCUCCACUCCACUCAUCCCUUCCCCCACCUGCUUAUUUUCUGACUCUUCCUGUCUUUCAGAUCGCUUCAGAAUUAACUGAAGUUACAUUGAAACAUCGUCAUGUUCAGCCUAAAACAGACCUGCACAUGUUCUCCCACACCAGGGUCUGCUGUCGGUGCUCUGUUUGUCAUUUGCUUCUUCACAGACUGGAUUUUUAUUUUUUUUUGAACACUUUGGGACAGCAGCUCAUCAAAUUUCAUUUCUGCAUUUUAGUUUUGAGCCUGAAUUUCUCGUUCAGCUGUAGUAGAUAAUGCCAUGCUUUUUACUUGAUGCACGUCUCCAGGCUGCAGAACAACAUCCCGCAGAAAAAUGCUUCAGACACGCUGAUGGGCGUCGUAGUGGUGGUGGUGUAGGCUGUAUAGAAGUGGUGUGGAAUUUAAAUUGUAGGGAUGUUGAGAUCUAGACUGGUACUGAUGCAUCUGUUCCUCAGAAUCAGUGCUGCUAAUAAAAUAAAUAACACAACCCACGCAAAACUAAGCUAACUAUGUAGAUAUUGUACACAUCAACAAAUGCACAGCAUCGAUCAGAACCGAGUUUAUUACAGAGUCCAUUCUCACAUACAAGCAUACAUGUCAACCUUUGGUCAAUCAAACCUGUAUAACCAACCUCCAAAAUCCGUAUUUCCCUUAUAAAAUCCGUAUAAGAUGCAAAUUAAAAUAAUUUACCUAAAAUUUGAAUAAUAAUUAACAAUGAUAUAUCCAAGUUACUUUUUAUUCAAUAUUAAUAACAAUAAACCUUCAGAAUGAAUACAAAGCUCCAAUGUUUGACAAAAACACAGCGUUAUCAGCGUAGUUACGAAGGAAAUACUUCGUUGUUUGGAGACAGGUUUCACCGAGCGGCUAUUAUGCGCAAGACUUCAUAUUAGCCACAAAGUCAGAAAAAUCUAUUUGUAAAAUUACGUUAUAAUGACCAAAUACAAUGAAAAGUAUUUUUCCAGUCUCACCUGUGAAAGGUAAUCCCAUGUGAUCUCGUUUGGACGGUAAACCUGUUGGUACAGUUAAACGCAGCACAUGAAUGAGGCAUCUUUAUUCUCGGCUACUGUCUAGAUGCUACACCAGAGACGGUUGAAGAAUCUCCACUUUGCCACAUCCAAUAUGGCGGCGAGGAUGACGUAUGAUUCUACGCAGAAGGUGGCGUCUAUGUUUAUAUGUCUAUGACUUCACGGUUGGCGGGAUUCUCGCAAUGCGGUGUGCGCAUGGUCAGAAGUGGAACGAAGUCUCGCUACCACAAAACGCGUGAUUUCAUAAGACUCUUUACUGGCUGUCUGUGGUGUACAGUACGUUUGUAAAUGUUAUGCACUCUUAUCAUCGUGGGAAUUGAUUAUAGCUCUAAAUAAAUAUUGAAGUUUUUUUUAAAGAAUCCGUAUAACUUUCUUUGUACGCCCGUAUUCUACGUUUAUUGAAUCAAAUCUGUAUAAAAUACGGACAUUCCGUAUAGGUUGACAUGUAUGUACAAGGGUUCUGUGUUUUGGUGUUUGAACAGUUAAAAUAGAAGAAUUUAGCAAAGACAGAAGUAGCUAUGUCUAUAGAAUAAGAAACAGAAAUAUCCAAGCUAAAAGUGGACAUGUUUAAGGGGAAUGUGUCUGAGUUGUUAGAGUCCAAGCUGUACAGUGUGACCUGAAAUGUACAAAAAUAGGUCAGAUGAUGAAGAGACCUGAUAACACCUGAGAGGAGGAGGAGGAGGUGUGUGUGUGUAACAGCCAAAGUCAAUAACCAAACUGUACAGUGUGAACUGGAAUGUGCAAUAAAGGCUCACAGGAUGGAGAUGUAUGACAUGACCUUAUUGAUGACCUUGAAAUGUGCAAAAUUGCAGUUCAGAGACAAAGGGCAUUAAAAGGGAGCUGAAGUCAUUUUUAAA